CUAAACUUGAAAUUCCCUUUUCCCCAAGGCAUCAAAGGUUUUCAAUUUCCUUCGUGUUCUUCUUGUGGGUUUUGUAAGAAAAUAGCGAAAAAAUGGGUGUAAAAGAUGUGAAGUCAAAGCAAGAGCUUGAUGAUUUUGUGAAAGAAGGUUCAGCUGUUAUGAUUCACUUCUGGGCUUCAUGGUGUGAAGCUUCUAAGCAUAUGGAUCAAGUCUUUUCUCAUCUAUCCACUGAUUUCCCUCAUGCCCGUUUCUUAAGGGUUGAAGCCGAAGAACAACCAGAAAUUUCCGAGGCAUAUUCAGUUUCUGCUGUGCCUUUCUUCGCUUUCGUAAAGGAUGGUAAGACGAUUGAUACAUUGGAAGGCGCAUAUCCAUCCGAGUUAGCGAACAAAGUCUCGAAAGUCGCGGGAUCAAUCCAUGCUGGGGAACCUGCAGCACCUGCGAGCCUAGGGAUGGCUGCAGGACCCUCGGUUCUUGAAGCAAUUCAAGAUAUUGCUAAAGUCGACAACUCUUCUCGAGCCAUCACUCCCUCUCCAGCUCCUGAUGCACUGAAAAACCGUCUUCAAAAACUCACCAAUUCGCACCCGAUAAUGCUGUUCAUGAAAGGAACCCCUGAAGAACCGAAAUGUGGUUUUAGCAAAAAAGCCGUUGAAAUCUUGAAGGCGGAGAAAGUAAAGUUUGGAACUUUUGAUAUUCUUAGUGAUAAUGAGGUUCGUGAGGGAUUGAAAAAGUUCUCAAACUGGCCUACGUAUCCUCAACUCUACUGCAAAGGUGAGCUUCUUGGUGGGUCGGAUAUUAUAAUCGCGAUGCAUGAAGGUGGUGAAUUGAAGCAAGCUUUUAGCGAUCAUGGAGUAGGAACGGCUGAUGUCAGCAAGUCAAACGUGACCGAACCCGCUGGUCAAAAGGCCGGAGUUACAGAUUCGACCGGCUUGAGUUCAGCCUUGACAAGCCGUCUGGAAGGUCUCAUCAACUCAGCUCCGGUUAUGCUCUUUAUGAAGGGAACCCCAGAUGAGCCUCGAUGUGGUUUUAGCCGAAAGGUGGUCGAUAUUCUCCGAGAAGAGAAGGUCGAUUUCAAGACUUUCAACAUACUCUCCGAUGAGGAAGUGCGACAAGGCCUAAAAGUCUACUCGAACUGGUCGAGUUAUCCGCAACUAUACAUAAAGAGCGAGCUCAUUGGUGGAUCGGAUAUCGUCUUGGAGAUGCAAAAAAGCGGAGAGCUCGAGAAGGUUUUGGUCGAAAAAGGUAUCAUUCCUCUCGAAGAACGCUUGAAAAAACUAGUCAACUCUACGCCCGUCCUGCUUUUUAUGAAGGGUACCCCAGAUGCCCCACAAUGCGGUUUUAGCUCAAAAGUCGUAAAUGCCCUCAAGGAGGAAGGUAUAAAGUUCGGGUCUUUUGACAUUUUGACCGACGAGGAAGUUAGACAAGGUUUGAAGACUUUCUCGAACUGGCCUACUUUCCCACAACUUUAUUACAAAGGCGAGUUGAUAGGAGGAUGCGAUAUCGUUCUCGAGCUCAAAACCAAUGGUGAACUUGCGUCUACGUUAUCAGAGUAAAACGUGAAACAAGCGUUUGAGAUUUUUGUACUGAAAGCUCGUUUUUCUAAUGACCGUAUCGAUUUCGUUUUGAUGUAGCCUUGAAUCUUGAUUUGGUAUCUUGUGAGAACUGGUCCUAGUUUUUGGUUUGUCUCAUGGAAAUCUCGAGUUUGUGCAAGUAAACCAUUUGGAUAUGUUUGGUUUGCAAAUAUGACUGGACAGACGAGAGUCAGGUAGGUAUAAAAAAGAAUUGUGGAAUGUUUUAGGGUUCUUAAUUUAAUAUGGAUAGUUUAAUAAUUUACGAAU